CCUUGCUCUUAGAAAGGGGAGGAUGUGUCAUUUGAGCUAAAGCUCAUUUUCAAACCUUUUGCCAUCUUUACACAUAAGAUGAUACAAACUGUGAUUCUCUUUUUCCUUAAAAUUGAAUGUUUAGAGACUCGUAACAUCACUAAUGCACAGAUUUGAAGCAUUAUAACACAAAGAUAGAAGUGAGGAUUUUGUUUAAAUUCAUACUUUGUAUGAAAUCCUUCUUUUUAGUGGUCAUUUUAUAAUUCCCUACAAAAGGGAAGGUGGCACUAUAAAACACAAAGAAGUAAACGUCCAUUUUCCACUUUUGAUCAUGAGCUAUAAGUGUAGGUCUGGUUUGUUGAAGUAUUCUUAUGAUCAAAGCAAAUCAGAAUUGUAAUUACUGGCUCAUUCAUAUUACAAAAUUUGGUAUUUGUAUUCUUGUCAAUGGGUUUUGAUUGGCCUUUUCAAAUGUUCUUCCGGUUGAAAGACAUUGUUGCAGUUGGAGCAAACUACCAUUCACAACUUCUAGCUAAACAAUUUGGUUUGAGAACAGUUGAUUUGAAUGAUGUUGAUGACAUUGACAUUGUGUUUGACGGGGUAGAUGAGGUGGACUUCAACAAAAACCUGUUAAAGGGAGGGGAAGCUGCUCGUACUGUUCAGAAGGUGGUUUGUUCCAUGGCAAAUGUGUGCAUAAUAUUAGCUGAACACCCAAAGGUUGUUCAUCAGCUUCGUAGCAAGUUUCCAGUCACUGUUGAAGUUCUCCCACUUGCCACAUCGCCUGUUUCAAGGCAGCUUAUUGCUCUUGGAGGAGUUCCUGAAAUUCGAUCUGCCCUAAGGAAGGAUGGUCCAGUUAUCGCAGAUCUUGGGAAUAUGAUUAUAGAUCUUCCCCGAAUGGGAUACAGAACCCAGCUGAGCUUGAGAAGAACAUCAAUGUGAUACCGGGUGUAGUUGAUAAUGGUAAGAAACAACUUGCAUUCCAUUUUUUGCAUAUUCUUAGAUCAUGUUCUCUGUAUAACAUCAUAUGCAUAUCCAUCCAAUUGCUUGAUUAAUUAAUGAACCAAACUUGAACAAAGCAAAGCUUGGCUCAAUACUUUCCUAAACACCAAAGAUAAUACCCUAUAUAUUGAACAUCAUUAUACACAAACUGAAGCUGCCUUAGCAGAUUAAUCAUUUGGCUAGCAGUUUGCUGUGUUGCUAGAUCCUUACCAGCACAUAGAACCUAAGAAACAAUCGCUCAUCUUAUCCUGUGACAGUUAAAUUUUAUCCCAUACAAAAGAAGUAAGAAAAGACCAAGAAAGAAGCAGGCCUGAAAUCAGAAAGAGACUACCAAGCAGAGGAUUAGAGUGUCAAAGAACAUGACAGUUACAUUUCAUGCUAUAAUAGAAAUAGUUAAACUUUAAAAAGAAAGGCAAUAAGUAUUAUUGGAAUGUUACAAAUAUACCCUGUGCUCUUACCAUUAAUGCAUUUGAACAAUUCAUGCAUGCCAAGAAGCUAAUCAAUCGUUAUAUUCUUUAACUUCA